UGGGCGGGGCUGAGGCGAGCUCAGAUGGCUGCUGCGCUGGGCGCCUAGGCGGGCGGGGGCCAUGAGCGCCACCCGACCCCAGUUCAGUAUCGAUGACGCCUUCGAGCUGAGCCUGGAGGACGCGGGGCCUGGACCCGAGUCCAGUGGGGUCGCCCGCUUCGGGCCGCUACACUUCGACCGCCGGUCCAGGUUCGAGGUGGCUGAUGAAGACAAGCAGUCCCGGCUGCGCUACCAGAACCUGGAAAAUGAUGAGGACGGAGCCCAGGCCUCUUCAGAGCUCGAUGGGGGAGUCAGCACAAGGGAUUCUGGGCGCAUAUCCAUCCGUAGCUCUCAGUGGUCCUUCAGCACCAUCAGCAACACCACCCAGCGUUCCUACAAUGCCUGCUGCAGCUGGACCCAACAUCCUUUGAUCCAGAAAAACCGACGGGUAGUUCUGGCCUCCUUUCUGCUCCUGCUGCUGGGGCUAGUGCUUAUCCUGGUCGGCGUGGGACUGGAGGUGGCCCCCUCUCCAGGUGUCUCCAGCGCCAUUAUCUUCGUGCCAGGUUUCCUGCUGCUAGUCCCGGGAGUUUACCACGUGAUCUUCAUCUACUGCGCUGUCAAGGGCCACCGGGGCUUCCAAUUCUUCUACCUGCCCUACUUUGAAAAGUGAGCUGCAGCUGCCAGUGGGAUACCAGAGCUCGACGGCCUCAGGCCGCCUCCACAUGUCCCCGGGGCGGUUCUCCAACCUACGCCCGGAUCUGUCCCUUUCACUUGGAAGGAAAAGGCCUUCUGGGAGCCUCAGCCACCAGCACCUCUGGAUUUGCUCAGGAAGCUUGGGGCAUGCCAGUCUGGGGCGUUGCCCCUUAACCUGGGCCCUGGACUCCUGGGUUGGUGUAAUUUUGUGCUAAUAAAAGGGUAAUUUA